AUGGGCAUCACCCACCUGUCCCGGGACACCUGGCAGACCUCGCCCACCCGUCCCGAAAAACCUGGCGGGCCGCGCCUGCCCGACCCGGGACACCUGGAGGGCCACGCCAGCCCGUCCAGGGACACCUGGCGGGCCGUGCCCGCCCGUCCUGGGACACCUGGCGGGCCUCAGAUGGCCCUUCCCGGAACCCGUAGCGGGCCUCGCCCACCCGUCAAGGGACGGCCUGGCGGGCCUCGCCCCGCCCGUCCGGGACACCUGGCGGGCCCUGCCGACCAAUCCCAAGACACCUGGGGACCAGGGCCCCGCGGGCCUCCGCCCAGCCAGGUCGCUCCAGGGACCGGCAGGCCUCCGCCCCCAGCUCGCCAGGCGUCCCGGGGACCGGCCGGCCUCCGCCCGCCAGGCGUCCCAGGGACGGCGGGACGCCUGGCGGGCCGCUGCCCGCCCGCCGUUCCCGGAACGCCUGGCGGCCGCUGCCCGCCCGUCCCCGGGACGCCUGGCGGGCGGAGGCCCGCCGUCCCACCCCGCGACGCCUGCAGGGCGGGGGACCCGCCCACCCGUCCCCGGGACGCCUGGCGGGCGGAGGACCCCGUCCCCGGGACGGCCAGGCGGGUCGGAGGCAGGCCCGCCCGUCCCCGGGACGCCUGGCGGGCGGAGGCCCGCCGGUCCCUGGGAGCCCUGGCGGGCAGAGGCCCGCCGGUCUCCGGAAGCCUGGCGGGCGGAGGCCCGCUGUCCCCGGGACGCCUGGCGGGCGGAGGCCGGCCGGUCCUGGGGCGCCUGGCGGGCGGAGGCCCGCCGGUCCCCGGGACGCCACGGCGGGCGCGGAGGCCCGCUGGUCCCCGGGACGCCUGGCUGCGGAGGCCCGCCGGUCCCCGGGACGCCUGGCGGGCGGAGGCCCGCGGCCCCCGGGACCCCUGGCGGGAGCAGGCCGCGGGCCCCCGUGACCCCUGGCGGGCGCAGGCCCGCCGGCCCCCAGGACACCUGGGUGGCGGGAGCAGGCCCGCCGGCCCGCCGGGCCCCCGGGACGCCUGGCGGGCGCAGGCCCGCCGGCCCCCGGGACGCCUGGCGGGCAGAGGCCCGCGGUCCCCGGGACGCCUGGCGGGCGGAGGCCCGCGGUCCCCGGGACGCCUGGCGGAGGAGGCCCGCCGGUCCCCGGGGACGCCUGGCGGCCGGAGGCGCCGGUCCCCGGGAGCCUGGCAGCCGGAGGCCCGCCGGUCCCCGGGACGCCUGGCGGGCCGCUGCCCGCCCGUCCUAGGGACGCCUGGCGGGCCGCUGCCCGCCCGCCCCGUUCCCGGAACGCCUCCGGCGGGCCGCUGCCCGCCCGUACCCCGGGACGCCUGGCGGGCGGAGGCCCGCCCGUCCCCGCGACGCCUUGCGGGCGGGGGCCCGCCCGUCCCCGCCCCGGGACGCCUGGCGGGCGGAGGCCCACCCAGGCCCGCCGGUCUAAGGGAAAGCCUGGCGGGCGGAGGCCCGCCUGUCCCCAGGGACGCCUGGCGGGCGGAGGAGGCCGGCCGUCCCUGGGGCGCCUGGCGGGCGGAGGCCCGCCGGUCCCCGGGACGCCUGGCGGGCGGAGGCCCGCUGGUCCCGGGACGCCCUCGGCGGGCGGAGGCCCGCCGGUCCCCGGGACGCCUGGCGGGAGGAGGCCCGCCGGUCCCCGGGGACGCCUGGCGGCCGGAGGAGGCCCGCCGGUCCCCGGGACCGCCUGGCAGCCGGAGGCCCGCCGGUCCCGGGACGCCUGGGGGGCGGUGGCCCGCGGUCCCUGGGAGGCCUGGCGGGCCCCCACCGGUCCCCGGGACGCCUGGCAGGAGGAGGCCCGCCGGUCCCCGGGACGCAUGGCGGGCGGAGGCCUGCCGGUCCCCGGGAUGCAUGGCGGGCGGAGGCCCGCCGGUCCCCGGGACGCCUCCUGGCGGGCUGGGGCCCGCCGCCGUCCCCGGGACGCCUGGCGGUACUCUGCCCGUCCGUCCCCGGGACGCCUGGCGGGCCACUGCCGCCUGUCCCAGGGACGCCUGGCGGGCCGCUGCCCGCCCGUCCCGUAACGCCUGCCCGCUGGCCGCUGCCCGCCUCCCCAUGAAGCCCUGGCGGGCGGAGGCCAGCCCGUCCCCGGUACGCCUGGUGGCGAGGCCCGCCCGUCCCAUGAACGCCCUGGCGGGCGGAGGCCCGCCCGUCCCCGGGACGCCUGGCUGGCGGAGGCCCGCCGGUCCCCCGGGACGCCUGGCGGGCGGAGGCCGCCGGUCCCCGGGACGCCUGGCGGGAGGCAGGCCGCCGGCGGGACCCCUUGCGGGAGGCCCAGCCCGGCCCCAGUCCCCGGGACCCUUGGCGGGCGCAGGCCCGCCCAGUCCCCGGACGCCUGGCGGGCGCAGGCCCGCCGUCCCCGGGACGCUGGCGGGCGGAGGCCCGCCGUCCCGGGACGCUUGGCGGGCCUCUCCAACCCGCCCGUCCUCGGUUUAA